UCGAUCUUUCUUUCCAGCUUUUUUUAAGUUUUCCUCUUGGAUGUGUCCUCACAAAGCCCUCCCUGCCUCCCUCUCUCCCCCACCUACCAUCAUCACCCAACUCUGCUUUUAUUAAUAGGCACCUCCCCACUCUGCCCUCCCAAAUCUCACCUCACCUCACCAUUAGAUAAAUAGAUAGCUAUAUAGAUAGAUUAGUACUGUAACACACCACCCCACCUCUUGAUAUUCUUCCACCAUUAAAAUACUGCUACAACAAAGAUCAGAUUUUUGUCCCCGCAAGGAAAUUUUGUGAGUAAAAUAGAAGAAAAAGGAAUUUGCUCUGGCAAUUGCAAUUUUAUUAUUAUUUUCUGGAAUUCUCUUUGGCCCACUACCUUCUGCUUCUAAACUACUCCUCCUCCGCUGCUAACCUUUCUUUUGGGCUGUUCCCUUUUUUAUUUUGUUUACUUUCUGGUCCUCCUUUGGUGCAUUUCGCAUCGCCAUUGGGGGUUCGGAGGUGUUUCAGCCGUCGUUAAUAUCUAGGUGGUGACCUUAUUGUUUCUCCUCCGGGGAAGGUCAAGAGGCGUGAGUUCAGAUCACUUGCGGAGUCGGCUGCUUCCUUCUGUAUGACUUGUUGUAUUCAAAUCAGUGUGCAGUAACAUCGUCUUCCUUUUCCGGCAGGAGCAUUAGAGAUUUUUGAAGGUCCAAUUGGAAACCGAUAGAGAUUUGGAUAAUCUGACUGGUUCUUGGAAUUAUAUCUUUCAAUGGUUUAGUUAUUGUCCAUAACGUAAGACAAGGAGAACUUUUUGUUGUUGCCUAGCUGUCGAAAAUGCCCUCCGGAAAUUUAAGCGGUGAAUUGUCGAAGAAAUAUUGGGGUGUAAAACUAUGGGUUCUCAUUGGCACAUCUGUGGGUGCAUUCAUUGUUCUUAUUCUGGGGAUCUUGUCAAUAUGGGUAAUGUUUCGAAGGAAAUCUAGAAGGACCUCGGAUAAGCAUUCGGGCUACCAAAUACCGAACAUUUCAAAGGAAAUCAGGGUCGAUCGUGUUGGAAAUCAAAGUGCACAUGAUCAUCAAGAAAGUGUAGUUUUGACUGUAAAUGAUAAAUCAAGUGACAAGAACUCAGAGAAGAUGCUGGUACAUUUGGGCAGGAAUAAAUCGAGCGACGCUGAUGCCAUUAGUCAAUGCAGCUCAAUUUAUCAUCAUGAAAGGACUUAUAGUUCUCAGUCCGGCGAUGAACUGUUGAAUUAUGGCCAUGCCAGAAAGCAAUCUUCUCAGUCAUAUGGGAUUGCCGCGCCAUCUCCAUUAGUUGGCUUGCCAGAAAUAUCUCACCUAGGGUGGGGCCAUUGGUUCACACUUAGAGAUCUUGAAAUAGCAACGAAUCGUUUUUCUGCUGAGUGUAUUAUCGGGGAAGGUGGAUAUGGUAUUGUUUAUCAAGGCAAAUUGAUCAACGGCACGGAGGUAGCCGUUAAGAAACUUCUUAAUAAUCUUGGGCAAGCUGAGAAAGAGUUUAGGGUCGAAGUGGAGGCCAUUGGCCAUGUUCGGCAUAAGAAUCUUGUUCGGCUUCUUGGUUAUUGCAUUGAAGGGGUUCACAGGAUGUUGGUGUACGAGUAUGUAAACAAUGGAAAUCUGGAGCAGUGGCUUCAUGGGGCAAAGAGACAGCAAGGCAUCUUGACAUGGGAAGCCCGCAUGAAAGUUCUACUCGGGACUGCAAAGGCGCUUGCUUAUCUGCAUGAGUCUAUAGAGCCGAAAGUCGUCCACCGCGACAUAAAAUCCAGUAACAUCUUGAUUGAUGACGAGUUCAAUGCGAAAGUUUCUGACUUUGGCUUGGCUAAGCUGUUGGAAUCCGGAGAAAGCCAUAUCACGACGAGAGUAAUGGGCACGUUCGGUUAUGUAGCUCCCGAAUAUGCAAAUAGUGGUUUGUUGAACGAAAAGAGCGACGUUUACAGUUUUGGUGUUCUGUUAUUAGAAGCAGUCACCGGAAGAGAACCUGUUGACUACGCUCGUCCGCCCCCUGAGGUUAAUCUUGUGGAGUGGCUGAAAGUGAUGGUCGGGAACCGGAGAGCAGAGGAGGUCGUUGACCCUGACCUUGAAGUUAAGCCCACGACUCGAGCUUUGAAACGCGCGCUUCUAGUGGCACUUAGGUGUGUUGAUCCUAAUGCAGAGAAACGUCUCAAGAUGAGUCAGGUUGUCCAAAUGAUUGAAUCCGAUGAAUUUCCCUAUCGCGAGGAUCGAAGGAAUAGGAAGAGCAGGACGAACCUGGAGAUCGAAUCAAUGAGAGAGAGUGCAGGUUCAGCUGAGGUGGAAAGCCGGGGCGGCCAGUCGGCGAGCCAUGCAUCGGAAGAGACGAGCAACGGCCACAACUGACUGACUGAUCGAUGGGCGCCAUAACUCUGGUGAAAUUAUUCUUUUCUGACCAUCUUUUUCAUGUGUUUACAAGUUUGGAAAUUUGUUCCUGGAAGAUUCUUUCUUGCUUGACAAAAACCGGCUGGAAAUAUAUUGAGAUUUUAGCAGUGCCGAGACAGACAGAGAGAGUUUAGUUGGAGAAAAGGAGGUGAUUGUGAUUGUGAUUGUGAUGUUUGAUUUGUAUUUAUUUAUACUUACUGAUGAUUACAGAAUUGCUGAGGAACUCAUGUUUUGUCUACCUGUUGAUCAACAAAAUUAUAUACAUUAUAUAUUAUGUA